UGGCAGAUAUUUUGACUACAAAUGCUACAAGUCCUUCUGACUUCAGAGAUGGUCUGUGGAUUAACUUUGGUAACUCCAAAAGCUUCUGUUUAGUAUGUACAAGUGGUUUUCUGUGGGUGAAUUUUACUUCAGCAUGUAGAUUUUAGACCUGGGAUUUAUGUUUAUCAACAGAAGGCUCAUUCCAUUUGUGAUCUGACUGUCCUUAAGAGUGGAAGCCCUUUUUCGUUGAUAUGCUAAAGCUCUCUUGCAUCUCAGUGGAACAUAAUUGUGCCAAACUUCAACUUUUGCUAUACCCAAAACUUAGAUUGAGCAGAGCUCUAAUAUUGAAGAACAUGAUACACAGCUUCAAACUAUAGACCUGGUCAUUUAGGAUACAUUAUAAAAAUAGAGUCUAUUCUAAAACUCCUUUGGUACCUCGGGGUUAAAUAUAUUUCUAAUCUUUCAGUAAAUCUGUGAGUAUAUUUAGACUCAUGUUAAAUGUUACAAACCAAUUGUUUAAUUAAUGCAUCAAAUGUGAUCAUAUUGUAAAUACUAUUUUUCUACCAGUGUUUUUCCACUUAGUAAAGUGGUGACCUGAUAGAAUCACACAGAUUUAUUUAUGAAUUCCAUAAUUUCUAUUUAACUGUUUGGUUGGGGUUUAUUAUUCUAAACAACUCGCUCUAAUAAAUACCUUAGCAUGAAUUGCAGUAUGUGGUUGUAAUGACCUCUGUGGGAGAUAAUACCUGAUAAUGUUGGGGAAAGAUGUUGGUGUGAAGAUAACCAAUUUGUAUUGGAAUUCACACUCAGAGCAAGCUUAAAAACAGCCCCUCAGAAGAUCCCUAUGCUCUGAGAAAGCAUGAGAUGGGGGUCUACUUUUUAGGAAUAUGCACUUUUUGAGUGGGUUAAAAAAUAUAUAGUAGCAGUAAGAAAAUGAAAACCAAAGGAUAAGAAUAACUGACUUUCCUUCUUUUAAGCCAGUGUGGUUGACAAACUAUGUCCCAAAUCUGACCUGUUUCUGUAUAGCCUGUGAACUAAGAAUACUUUUUGCAUUUUUUAAAUGUUGGUAAAAGAUCAAAGGAAGAAUAAUAUGUUAUGAUACGUGAAAAUUAUAUGAAAUUUGAAUUGCAGUGAAUAAAGUUUUAUUAGAACACAAAUAACCUCUUCCUUUUGUUUACAUAUUGUCUACUCUCAUGUACCAACAGACCAUGUGGCUAACAAAAGCCUAAAAAUAUAUACUAUCUGCCUCUUUACAGAAAAAGAAGGGAACAUUGUAUGUCAUUUCCAAAGCAGCUAAUGGAAUAUCUUAUUGGUGGAGAUGUCAAGUCUCUCCUACAUAUAUAUGGUUAUUUUGAUGAACAGAUGGCUGUGAAAUAUAUUUCUGAAGUGGCAUUGGCUUUAGAUUACCUUCACAGACAUGGAAUCAUUCACAGGGAUUUGAAACCAGACAAUAUGCUUAUUUCUAAUGAAGGUCAUAUUAAACUAACAGAUUUUGGCCUUUCCAAAGUUACUUUGAAUAGAGAUAUCAAUAUGAUGGAUAUCCUUAUAACACCAUCAAUGGCUAAACCUAGGCAAGAUUAUUCAAGAACCCCAGGACAAGUAUUAUCUCUCAUCAGCUCUUUGGGAUUUCACGCACCAGUUGAAGAAAAAAGUCAAGACUCUGCAAAUAUUCUUUCAGUCCAUGUGUCUGAAACAUCACAGCUUUCUCAAGGACUAAUUUGUCCUAUGUCUAUAGAUCAAAGGGACAGUACUCCUUAUUCUAGCAAACUACUAAAAUCAUGUCUUGAAACAGUUGCCUCCAACCCAGGAAUGCCUGUAAAGUGUCUAACUUCUAAUCUACUCCAGUCUAGGAAAAGGCUGGCUACAUCCAGUGCCAGUAGUCAGUCCUACACUUUUGUAUCCAGUAUGGAAUCUGAAUGCCACAGCAGUCCCACAUGGGAAAAGGAUUGCCAGGAAAGUGACGAUGCACUGGGCUCUGCAAUGAUACGUUGGGACACAGUUGAAAAGCCUUUAUGUACAAAAGCUACAAAUGCCAUCGAGACCAAAAGUUUCAGUAAGAAGGAUCUUGAGUUAGCCCUUUCUCCCAUUCAGAACAGUGGUGCCAUUCCUGCCAGUGGAAGCUCUUGUGCAAACCAUGCUAAAAAAUGCUUUUCUGGGCAGGUUUCUUGGGAAGCAAGAGAACUGGAUAUAAAUAAUGUGAAUACUGCUGCUGACACAACACAGCCUGGUUUUCAUCAGUCAAAUCAGGGGGCUAUGGAUUCUGCUCGUUUGGUUGAAGAGCACCUUGGGAAAAGAAGUAUUAAGAGACAUUUUGAAUUAGUUGACUCCAGUCCUUGUCAGAAAACUAUACAAAAUAAAAAAAGUUGUAUAGAGUAUAAGCACAGUAAUGAAAUGAGAGAUUGUUAUACAAAUCAAAGUACAGGCUUAACGACUGAAGUUCAGAACCUUAAGUUAUUGGUAUUUAGAAGUCAGCAAAAUGACUGUGCUAGUAAGGAGAAUAUGGUUGACUCUUUUAUGGAUAAACAACAAACACCAGAAAAAACAAACGUCCCAAUGAUAGCAAAAAACCUUAUGUGUGAACUGGAUGAAGAUUGUGACAAGAAUAACAAGGACAACUUAAGUUCUAGUUUUCUAUGUUCUGAUGAUGAUAGAGCUUCUAAAAGUAUUUAUAUGGACUCUGAUUCAUCUUUUCCUGGAAUUUCUCUAAUGGAAAGUCCAUUAGAAAAGCGGUCAUUAGAUCCAAACAAAAGCAUCAAAGAAUCUUCUUUCGAAGAAUCAAAUAUUGAAGACCUACUUAGUGUAUCACUCUGCUGCCAUGAAGGUGGCUUACCAAAAGGUGAUGGGAAUCCUGCUCUCCAAGAAAGUAACCAAAAAAUGUUAGCUCCUUCUUCGGAGGCGUUGAAAACAUUAACCUUCUCUAAAAGAAAUGCUGUAGCUUUUCGAAGUUUUAACAGCCAUAUUAAUGUAUCCAGUAAUUCAGAACCAUCCAAAAUGAGCAUUAAUUUAGAUCCAAUGGAUAUUUCGUGUGCUUAUAGUGGUUCAUAUCCCAUGGCCAUAACCCCUACUCAAAAAGAAAGACCCUCCUUGCCAUAUCAGACCCCAAAUCAGGUCAAGUCAGAAACUCCAUAUCGAACUCCAAAGAGUGUGAGAAGAGGUGCAGCCCCAGUGGAUGACGGGCGAAUCCUGGGCACUCCAGACUACCUUGCACCUGAGCUGUUAUUAGGCAGGGCCCAUGGUCCUGCAGUAGACUGGUGGGCACUUGGAGUUUGCUUGUUUGAGUUUCUAACAGGAAUUCCCCCUUUCAAUGAUGAAACACCACAACAAGUAUUCCAGAAUAUUCUGAAAAGAGAUAUCCCUUGGCCUGAAGGUGAAGAAAAGUUAUCUGAUGAUGCUCAAAGUGCAGUAGAAAUACUUUUAACCACUGAUGAUACAAAGAGAGCUGGAAUGAAAGAGCUGAAACAUCAUCCUCUCUUCAGUGAUGUGGACUGGGAAAAUCUACAGCAUCAAACUAUGCCUUUCAUACCCCAACCAGAUGACGAGACAGAUACGUCAUAUUUUGAAGCCAGGAAUAAUGCUCAGCACCUGACUGUAUCGGGAUUCAGUCUAUAGCACAUAAAUUUACCCUUUCACCUAACCUUGCCUUAUAGAAGGAGCUAGCAUAAUUAUAUACUCCUUAAUAAUACUUUUAUUUAGGGGGAAAAGUCAUUUUACCUGGAUCAAUGAGCUUCUAAUGUAUGGUUACAGCUUCCACAGAGGUAAAAGGCUAUCAAGAAUAUAAUCAAUAACUUAUCUUAAUCUCAAAGCUUCUUUCAUCUUAUUUAUUUUGUCUCUGCACUUUAUGAAAAUUAAUGCAUCAAUAAAACUAGAAUGGCACUACCACUUUAGAGAAAGUGAGCCUGAGUUUGAUUUUCUUUCUCAUCUGUUGAUUUCAGUACACCGUUCAGUUUGGUGUUAAAGUAACAGAAACACCAUACAGUUUUAUUUUAAUGUAAUUUAUUUGUACAUGACUGCCUGCAAAAGCUGUAGUCUCAAGGGCAAUCCUUUAAGGCUGCAUUUAUGACCUCAAAAUGCAGCUGGAAAAUUCCUUCACUCGUAGUGUAGGUCCUUUUGGGAAUGAGGGAUAAACAAAAGGACUACGGUUUUGGCUUACUUUCCUAUGAAUACAGUUUUGCUACUUUGACUGCUUCUGGUGCAUUCUCUACAAUGCAUAUUUGUUUAAAAUGGUACUAGAAAGGUUAGGUGUGAUAUAGUAUAGCAAUUUUAACAGCUUGUUCAGUUUUAAUAAAGAAUGUGAUGGUUUACAUGUUAAAAUAAUUUGUUUAAAACAUAUGCAGCAUUACCAGAGACACCCUGAUCCUUUAUAAGAAAUGUACUUUGAUUUAAUAAAUACAGUUGUAACAUACCUCAAGUA